AUGGACAAGAUAUAUGCGACCGCGGUUGUUGCCAUCGUUGCAGCUGAUGGCAAGAAUGCCAAUUCUCCCUUGCAAGGCGUUUCCACGGAACGCGAAAUCGACCAGGUGGUGGCAGAGGUCCGACCUAAUGUCAACGUCCUCAUUCCGGUUCCUACUAGGAAAAGUCUAGCGUGGAUGCUCCAAGCGAAACUACUCUCGAAUCGUCUGAUUGUAUUCAGUGGAGGCAAUAUGAUUUGGCAUUGCCACGAGGUUGUUCAUUUCGAGGACAUGACUGCGAAGGAUGCGGUGGCAAUCUUGGACUCACACCUGGGCCAUCCUCUAUUGAAAUCCUCAAUCAGAACACUGACGAAUACAGUGAGAAGUAGUACCGUUUCGGGGCCUCAGUCAACUGCUCCGACAUCAAUAAUUGAUGUCGUUCCAUCAAAUGGUCCCAAGGUUGUGGCAUUGCAGCGACAAAUUACGGAAGGCACUGCCUUACCUGCUAUUAAUGAGGAUCUAGCGCAGGUGGUGACGCAAGAUACCAAUGGAGACGGCCAGUCGACGAUUUCCUUCGUGACUAUGCUACCUUCAGCUCAGAGGAAAGAUAUUGUCAGAAGGUUCACCGAGGCUAUCCUGAAGUGCCUUCCUGGGCAAUUACUCGGAUCCCAUAGCAGCCAACAAUGGAGGGUUCCAUUUCGGCAUCGCUUUCAGCUUUUGCUCAAGAACUAUUCCGUGCAAGUUAAGAACGAUGCAGGCCAACGAAGCCAAAGACAAGCCGCGAAACAGAUUAGACUUUUGCGCCGCGAUAUUUUAGAGAAUUUCGAAGAAGCCCUGGAGGGUUGUGAAACGAGGCGAGCACAACAAAACCUCGCCAAAGAGAACUUGAAGGGACUCGCACCCGAGUCGACAUGGGCGGAGAAAGUAGGAUCAUGGUAUACAGUAUUGCCCGACGAAGCCUCACUGGAUGACGAACUUGCCGGCGCUCAACACGAGCGAAUACCCAAUCGCAUAGACCUGGAUGCUGAAGAAACGAAAUGGGUUUCAAAUUUCGGAUCGCUAUCCGAUUUCGAUUGCACAGACUCGAGCAAUGGUAGCGAGAUGGAAGAACUGAUCUAUAGAACCCUAGGACAGGACAAAGAUAUUGAGACGUUUCUUAUCAAUCACCACGCUUUCCAAGAUCUCAUCGCUGACAUUCGGACUUUGCUCGAACAUUAUCACGAGAAUCAGCUGAAUCUUAUUCGCAAGCGUAUAAUGCUUAGUCUUCGAAGACCAAUGAAAAAAUCUAACAACCGACAGCCAAAAUGUCAUGCCGCCAUGUUUGAUUUCGAUUGGGAUAUAAUUAGUUUCAUCCAAGAGCAGUACCCCCUUGGUCUUGACCAGGAGGUGGAUUCGAUUCUGACAAUCACUGGUCGGGGAACAGAUGCAUACAUGUCCACGGUUCGCACUUAUCUGCAGCGCACAUGGCCUGCAUACUCUAUGCACUUGCUUAACUCGCUUCAAGGAGCGAUCAAUAGUUAUCCACGACAGGAUGACUCAGGAAUCACCGGGAGUGAAGAGUUCAUUGUCGCUAUAGCACAGCAAAUUGCCUGGAUCACCUCUGCUUGUCGAGUAUCACCACUUGGACUGGGAUAUUCUUACGUGACGUUUCAAGAAACUUCAUCGAGAUUCGAUGUGCCUUUACGUACCUUUCACAUAGCUAGCGAGCUGUGUCCCCUCACAUCGGACGACCCUGGUAGUUGCUGGAAUGAAAUUGUCGGAAAUUCCACCAUAGCCACCGGAUUCCCUAUCCCAGAGCGUUCGAACAACGAGAAAGGAUUAGAGCUUCCACUUGAGGUCAUGGCUGGCCUUGGUGGAGUUCCCCUAGCUACACGGUUCCAUAAUGCCUACAUCUUGACAGGCAGAUGUAUAGCAUUUGUGCCAGUGGCGCGCAAUGGUGACUCAGUUCAGUGGCAUGUCUUGAAAAACGGACAAGCAACAAUCAGAUAUGAAGACAUCGCUUCUCUUUGUCCAGUUCGCUUGCCAGCUGAAAUAUUAAAUGAAGAGGAUUUACUGUCCACGAGGACGUUUCUAGGAUGGUGUUCUGAAUCGAUGAAUCAUCUUGGAGCAUCCAGCUUGCAGUCCAAUAGUAUCGGAUUUUCUAAUGCAAAGUCGCCAGCGAAACUGAGCGUCAAGUUAACCUCGGGAAGUGUCGGGUUUGGAAAGAUUGGUACAGGCCAGUUGACUUUCUCUUUUGGGAAGCAUAGUGGUUCAUUCACCUCCGAAAAGCCAAAUUACUAUUUGGAGACUCUCGACUAUGCAAAACAGAUCCACGUCAUUCUCCAGGACACGGCACAUCGACGUGCGUGGCUGACUGAUGGUGAAAGGGCAAUUCUUCACAUCAUCUUUCACGCCCAGAGGAUGGGCUCAUGUGGCAUUGGAGGCAAGGAUAUUGAGCUACAAGGUGCAGAUCCGAAGUCACAAUCUUCUGUACGUGCAGCGAUGGUUGCCAAUGCCAAUGUCGUUGUUAGGCGUGACUAUUGUAUGGGCAAGGAUGAAGUCGGCACGCAACGUUUCAAAGAUUUGGUUGGAGAUCUAUACAGUCGCCUUGAGGUCUGUCAAGCCAAUGCCAAAGGUGAGACGGGGGCUGGAAUAGAGCUCAAGAUGUCGCGGAAAAGGCAGAUUCGAGGCUACGAGUUCAUGGAUCUGGUUACGAAGAGACGAGAAAUGUUUCUGAAGGAAUUCAACUUGAGAAGAGCUGUGGAAAUUGGCCUGAGGACAAACUUUGGGGAAGUCUUUCAGCCACAUGAUCCCGGCGCGCUGUGUGAAGUAUUCAGAGAGAUGCCGUCGGGCAGCGAUUAUCUUGCCGUAGAGGUACCGACUCUGCAAGCCCUAUACCUCCAAUGUGGUUCCCAACAGACCCAGAAGGAGAUCACUCCAUCUGGUAUACAGUGGCAUCGUUCUGAUCAUCUUUUCGAACCUUGCCUUCGUCAGGGGCAAAAGCUAAAGGAUGAGUGGUGCAAAUGCGAUCGUAUACAACAAUUUGCAACGAACAGCGUAUUCCGACAUGCUAGGAAACCGGGACGCUUGAAACAAUCUGGUGCUGUGAUAUUUGGCCAGGGACAAGUUCAGUGUUUCAAAGAGUCAACUAGCGAUGUGUCCGGGCUUGGCGAGUCUUCUCAGCAAUAUACCAGCCCGCAAUCUAUUAAGGAGGUGCCCGUCGAUGAUUGUCUUGCUGUAACAUCUAAGGUAUCACCCCAAGGGCUCGAGAUGGAUGAGUCGUUAUUGUAUACGGCAACAGCUGGCUCAACAAUAACGUUUAACAACCUACAGAAGCUGGACUAUGGCAUUGGCGAUUCAAGACCCGCCCCUCUGCACCCUCGCAAUCCAACAUCUCAACUUUCCGCUCGUACUAACUUGAGCACUGGGAGAAGUUCCCCCAACAUUUUGCGAGAACAAAAUGAACAGGAACUCUCGACUGUAUCUGAAUUACCUUUAGGGAGUUCUGCUAGCCGCAAGCAGGGGAACAUCUCAUACACCUACACUGCAAAAUCAGGAUCAAGAUCGAAAUCCCCAACCCCCUCAUCUUUCAUACCGGCCAUGGCAGAGCCGUCGAAGAUAAAACCGAAUCUUAAUAUUCAGGGUCAUGAGAUGAGUAGCGAAGCUUCAUUUCUCAAGUUCCACGACACACCCCAAAAGAUACGCCCUCUAACUCGUAGCAUCCCGGCAUUGCCUCCUGUCUCAAGACAGCCGAGUUUGCAGUUUGGCAGGCCGGGAAACCAUACUUUGCGUAGGAUGCCGGGAUUUCGUCGAGAUUUGGUUGGCGGUUAUGGGGCUGGGGAUGGGAGGGUUGGGCAGGUAGCUGACAAGGGAAUGGGGUUUGGAGAUUUGACAUUUGGCUGA